UUGAGUGCACAAAGCGACAACAGACAGCCAAAUCACAACAUCAGCAGCCCAUCUACAAUAACACCAUUCACGUGGCCUGCAAACACAGUUCCUGGGGUAGAAUAACGCGCAGGAUGGGGGAAACCUUUACGUCAACGACAGGAGAGAGACGCGAAAGUUUCAGGCGUACCGUGUGACUAGGAGGCACAAAGAAGCCUCUCAUACCGAAGAGGGCUGGCAGACGAACGGACGCCGUCGCCUCCAUGGCUACCGCCCGUUUCCCCGGUAAGAGUGCGGACGUGGCCGUCGGUAACGUCUCCUAUCCUGUACCGGGCCGGCCUCCGUGUGUCAACGGCACCCAGUGGAUCCUGUACCUGCUGGAGGAGUGUGUGGAGAAUGUGUGGGAGUACUGGAGCGUGGUUAUCGGCCUCAUCUCCAUGUUCUGUUUUCUCCUGUCGACUUUACCUCAAGUCUAUGAGGCUUAUCGUAAUGGUAAAGUGGAGGAAGCCAUGUCUUUUGGCUUUCUCUUCUUCCUCUUCAGUGGAGACCUUACCAGCUUUGCAGGCUGCUACCUCACCAGCCAGCUGCCCAUUCAGAUAGUCACUGUGGUGUUCUACAUCUUCACAGAUAUGAUCCUCAUCUCUCAAUUUCUCUACUAUAAGAUCAAGAACAGUUCCACCAGAAAGAGUCCUCUGUUGAAGUGGCUGUGCUUCCUGUGGUGUGGUUCUGCUACCUUACUCCUCCCGGUUCUACCCAAACUCAUCACUGACAAUAGCUCUAACUUGGACACACAGAGUCCAACUACCUCCAAUACAGUGGAGAUUACUGGCUAUGUCUGUGGAUACCUGGCCUCCAUCUUCUACCUCUCCUCCCGUUUCCCUCAACUCUAUAAAAACUUCCAGAGACAAUCCACAGAGGGCACCUCCUACCUUUUGUUUGCCUUGGCCAUGAUGGGCAAUGGGACAUAUGGGCUGAGCGUCAUCGUGGUCCUGCCUGCCCUGAGGGGCUCCAAACACACCUUCAUCAUGAAACACCUGGCCUGGCUAAUUGGCAGCCUGGGAGUCCUUGUUCUUGACUUCUUUGUGACUGCUCAGUUCAUCAUGUACAGGAAGAGGAACUCCCAUCAGUGCAGCCCGCUGGUCAAAGUGUCGGAGGUAGAACCUCUACUGUGCGAAGAAGAGGAACUCUCAAUGUUGUAG